AUGCGGCGCAGACUGCAGACUGAGAAUGCCAGAAUUGCCGUGGCGGCUGCGCGGGUCGCAAAAGGCAAUGAUGCUGCGGUGGCAGCCACCCAAGAUUCGAUUUCAGUAGAGCCUUUCCAGUCACGACUGCAGCGGGAGCAGUUCACCAGGUCGUUUAUACGAACAAAAUAUGGAACAACAUUCAUGGACAAGGAUCAGUGGCAGCAGCAGGGCAGAGAACGAUCUAGAUGCGUGAAGAGUUUUUUGCAGGCCAUGGUAGAUGCAGUGAUCAAGCUUUUUCGUGGAAGCACCGGCCAGGAUGCCCUGCCAGUGGCGCAUGUUCUGAACACUGUCGUAUCAGACGAUACAACUACGAAGCUGAAAGCCCAGGGUCGGUCUGGCUCCGACCAGAGCGUUGUGUAUACCGUCAUGAAUACAUCGCAGAACUUGAUCUUGCGGUAUGCUGAUGGGGCCACCCAGUGCAUGCACAUGCCAACACCUUUGCAGGUCCUCCCUUCUGGAAAGGCCAAAAGUAUUCAUGAGGCCUUCAAGGCAUGGCUGCUGAUCACUGGGACAGGUGUGGGAGGCAGGCUAUUGAGUUUGCAAUGUCCUGCAAAUCUUGCAAGUAACUCUGCCUGGCAAACCCUUGUAUUAAUGGGAGAUGCACUCAAGGCGAACAAUGCAGCCUGGAAGAUGGAGAGGGAAAGUCUUUUGCAACGGCGCAAGGAUACGGAUUCUGCGCAUGAGGCUCAUCGUACACUGGGGCUUCGCUUCAAGUGCCUGAAUCACCAGUGCGGUCUCAUCAGGCGGCCAUUGGUAUUGUCCAUAGAGCAGUAUUGGGCCACGUUAGUCCGGUUGGGGCACCUAUUCGAGUUGAACUCCUUUCGCAGAAACUUUGCUGGUGCUUUGAUAGCCUUGGUCCAAAGACCCGGGAGCUUCCUUCGUAUCCCGGUUGCAGAGUUCCCGCCUGAGAUGGCGGUUUGGAAGAAACGGGCUGAUUGGAUUGCGCGCGAUUUUCAAUCUACUUCCCUUGGAUCUCAGAAGCUUGCUCGCGCGUUCCUGGAUUUUGCUAACGGUGAUUCCUCGAAAGACGUGAUAGUUCACUACUGUUUGCUGUCGCAGCAGGGAAGACCAGCUUGCUGUUCGUCGCAGGAAGAAUCGAUUUGCAAAUUCUUAGCACAAGCAGUACCGCUUCUGAGCAAGGGAUUCCCCACGCCGCUUCUCUAUCGCAUGAAGCAUUAUGGGCCUGCAUCUUCCUACAUGAAGCUCGCCGGGUCGUGCUUUGAUUUACUGCGCCGUGUCCUGUGCGAGAUGGAAAGCAAUGCUGUUCAAAGCGCUGCUGAGGGCGAGCUGGCUCAGUACGUGGAUGCUUUCUUACAGGAUUCAAGUAGGCCUGGUGGCGUGGCUCCUGCAGAGGAGGGCUACUGGCAGCACCUUCUCGCCAGUGCAUUGGAGUCUGACAGAGAUUUUGCAGCCCAAAAUGGAGCACGGCGAAGGAUGGUCAUUCACGAGAUUUCCCGGCCUUCCUUCAAUCAGUCAGCAAUCGUGAUUGACUGUUUGAUCCAACCUCUCGAACACGGGAUCAACACUUUGUUGUCGCAUACAAAGGUUCUGCAUGAUUUGAGCUUUAUGGGGAAAGGCCACCCGCAGUACGAGGAGUUGUGCUCCAAGAGCCGUGCGCUGUUCUUGAAGGCGAUGUCAGGUCGGUUGGGUGACCACAUGUUGCGCGAGUACACGGUCAUCCUGCAGCAAGGUUUUCACGAGUUGGUUGAGAUGGGCUAUGAUGCGACAGACAGUAGCCUGAACAAUAUUUUCGAUGCCAUCGUCUUGUUGUGCUCAGACCUGCACAGAAGAUUCAAGUACGAGCUGAGCCGUGCACCCUUCAAACUGUUUGGGUUGUGCGAACUGAACCAAGCUGGCUUCGUGGAGGCGUGGUCUGCACUCGAGGCAGAAGCUGUGUCUUGCCAGAACUGCGUGGACCAUGAGUUCACGCUCCCUCUCUUGAAGAAGUUUGCGGGUUUGCAAGCAAAGGGGCCGGAAGAACAAAAGCUUUAUCAACAAGAGAUCGUGUCCAUUCUCGAUGACGUAAGCACGUUCUCGCCUUCAACGUCAGAUGCUGUGGAGCUGAAAAAUGGGCAAACCCAAUGGUGCGUAUCGAAGAGAGCAAGCCAAAACGUACGCAACACACGAACAGCAGCGGAGUUGAGCUUGCUACAUUCCGCGGUGGUCCAGAAUCAGUGGGCACAGUCUUCAGCUGGUGCCGACACGCUGCCUGCAAAGGCUACAGCUUCAGGUGCUCGCAAGAUUCGCACCAUUUGUGCGUGGAAUGUAUUUCAGAGGGAAAGCCUGGCCGGACGGUCUUUGAAAGGCGAGGAAUACCAUGCCAAGCUCAAGGAGUUGUCGGCUCAGUGGCGACAAAUGGAUGCAGGGCAGAAAGAGCCCUUUGUUGUCAAAGCCGCGCAUCAGCAAGCCCUUUUGGAUGACUUGGAAAAGACACCACUUGAUUCGGCGGCUGCAACCGCAGCCAAGGCCGAGGACAGGGAGGCUGCUUCUGCUUCAGAGGGUGCUUGGAAAAAUGCUUGCAAGAAGAGAUCGUACAGACGGCUGGAACUGAAUACACAAGCAUUUCAAAAGCAUGAGCUUUGGGAGAUCCCGACACAGCUGGGAGACGGCCUGGGUGCGCUGAAGGCAUCUUUGAUAGACAUCAAAUCGAGUGACGAUGAUAUCUUUCGCUCCUUGACAGAGACGAUGCACAAGCCUCUUUCGGUUCCACAGGCGGACGCCGGCGACUUGGAGGAGGAGGAGGAACCUCAAAGUCAGGCUCAGUGUUGUCCCGAGCUUUGCAUGCAGCACCCGUUGUUCGGGGUUGUGGAGGAAUGGAGAACUCGCCUGCGACGGCAGCUUGAGCACCGGAAUAUCAAAUCAAGUGCUUUGGUGACUUUCACAAGCACUGCUUUCCCCAACUGCCUUGCGUAUGUUUUGGGUGUCGCGCUCAAGAGGCCCGCCUUGCGUAUGCUGAUGAAGGUAUCCGUGACAGAGUCCGAGGUAAAGUUCGAGUUGAGUCACGGUGCUCCGAUCGUUGAAACCGACCGGCAGGUGAUGCUGCAGCUGCUCAACUUGGCUGGUGGUGCAAGCAACACUUGCGUCCAGGUGGAGGUCUGGAGCCUCCAAGCGAAGAUUCGCGCACCGGUUGAGCUUUAUGCUGAACCUCAAGAUCAUUUGUGUUCCUUCAAGCUGGACGACAAGAUUCCACAGAGAGCAAAGCGUGGUCCAGUUGUUUUGCCAUUUGGGGUGAAACUUCCGAAGGCCAAGCGCAGGCAGAAGAAAGCGGGGCCCAAGGCCAAAGCUGCUGGGAAACGCCAAGAUAAGAAGAAGCAAGCCCAGGAUGCAUCUGAUGAGGAGGCCUCCGAUUCUGCGUCGGAGGCAGAGGACCCAGCUGAGACAUUGGAAGAUGGUGACCGUGUGGUUCUUGCAGACAAUGUUCGGGAAGAGGAAAAGAAGUUACCAGCCCUGCAACAGGAGAUCGAGAAUGCGGAUGCAGCGAAGGCGGCGGUCGCAGAAAGCAUUCGUGCCAACAAGCCGGUGCCAGGCCGAACUUCCAGUUUUUUUUCAAAGGAGCUGGGGUUGGACAGCGGGGCCUUGGCGGCUUCUGGGCGAUCAGUUUGCCUAAGCUGCAAAACCCCGAUUCCUAAGAACGCUGUGCGCUUCAGCUGGUACCACUCGCUCUACCGUCCUCCUGGAUGGGUGCACGGGUCCUGCGUGAUCGAUUACGUCAGGGCCACUGGACUGAAGGAUGUCGCUGUGCGAAGCCUUGACAGCAUCUUGCAGAAGAGCACUGCGAGCUCUUCAAGCAGUGGGCCUGCUGUGGCCCAGGAGGUUUAUGAUAUGGCUCGAAGUAUCAGGCAAGCCUUGAACACUUAG